GGCGCUCCCGGCGCUCCACCCGCCGCGGGCCGGGCAGCGGAGCGGGCGUGGCUGGCGGCAAAUGUGCAAUACCAAGAUGUCCUCCCUUACGGAUCCCUCUGCCGCCGCUUCGGAGCAAGAGGCGCUGGUUAAGCCAAAGCCACUGUUGUUAAAAUUGUUAAAGUUAGCUGGUGCUGAAAAGGACACUUUUACUAUGAAGGAGGUAAUAUUCUAUAUUGGACAAUAUAUUAUGUCUAAGCAAUUAUAUGAUGAAAAACAGCAGCAUAUUGUACACUGUGCAAAUGAUCUCCUGGGGGAGUUAUUUGGAGUAACAAGCUUUUCAGUAAAAGAACACAGGAGGCUAUAUUCAAUGAUUUCCAGAAAUCUGAUAGCAAUCAAUCAACAAGACUCUACUCUUGGCGACACACCUGAGGAUGAUGCCACAUCUCAGCUUGAAGAAGAAAAUGUUGUUAAGGAAUCUAGGCAAGAGUUAGAAGAGAACCAGACUUCAUCAAGCCUGACUUCCCAACCAACUACAUCUUCUAGGAGGAGGACACACAGUGAAUCUGAAAAAAGUUCUUCAGAUGACCUGCACAGUGACAGAAGAAAGCGACACAAGUCAGAGAACAUUUCGGUGACAUUUGAUGAAAGUCUGUCAUGGUGUGUAGUCAGUGGUCUGUGCCGUGAAAGAAGCAAUAGCAGUGAUUCAACAGAUUCUCUUUCCAUUCCUGAUCUUGAUGCUAGUUCAUUAAGCGAAAACUCAGAUUGGUUUGACCAUGGUUCUGUAUCAGAUCAGUUCAGUGUGGAGUUUGAAGUUGAGUCUGUUUAUUCAGAAGAUUACAGCCAUAAUGAAGAAGGGCAGGAGCUCACUGAUGAAGAUGAUGAGGUUUAUCAGCUGACUAUUUACCAGGAUGAAGAUAGUGAUGCUGAUUCAUUUGAUGAAGAUCCAGAGAUUUCUCUAGCUGAUUAUUGGAAGUGUCCCGAAUGCAAUGAAAUGAAUCCUCCGCUUCCACGACAUUGCCACAGAUGCUGGGCCCUUCGUGAGGAUUGGCUUCCAGAUCAAAAGAGUGAGAAAUUGGAAAAGAGCAAAUUAGAAACCUCCUUUCCUGCAGAGUCUGGAGAAGGUUUUGAUGUUCCUGAUUGCAAGAAAACAAAAAUGACUGAAGAUAAAGAACCGGCUGUGGAUGAGAAUGAGGAUAAAUCAGUACAGCUUUCUGAGUCCCAGGAAAGUGAAGGUUAUUCCCAGCCAUCAACAUCAAGCAGCAUGUUCUGUAGCAGUCAGGAGGACUUCAAGGAACCUGAGAAGAGAGAAAUGCAAGACAAAGAGGAAAGCAUGGAAUCCAGUCUGCCUGUUACCAGCAUAGAGCCAUGUGUCAUAUGUCAGAGCAGACCUAAAAAUGGCUGCAUAGUACAUGGCAAAACGGGACACCUCAUGUCAUGUUUUACCUGUGCAAAAAAGCUCAAGAAGAGGAACAAACCCUGCCCAGUGUGCAGGCAGCCCAUACAAAUGAUUGUGCUAACUUAUUUUAGUUAGACAUGUGUUGACUGGAAAGCAGCAAAAGAAACUUCAGAAACUGGUUAAGAGAGUAAGAAAUUAUUUUUGUAUGCUUAUUGGAAAAUUAAUAUUUUGUGUCUCUUCGCGUUCUGUGUGAAAAAUAAUUGCUGACGUAACUGCAGUUAUUAAGAGGUUUGCCUAAUGCUCAGAAGUCAACUUGGAGAUUUUAAAUCCCUCUCAGUAGAAGUAACCAGAUCCUCUAAACCACCUCCUCUCCAAGUGUUUUAAUAUUCCGUGCAAGUUAGUGACAUUUGUUUUAUUGAAUUAAAUACGUGCAUUAAAACCCCAAAUUCAAUAAUUGUUGGAGGAGAGACAUGUUGAAGUGUGUAUUUCUGCAGAUUCCUCAUUUAAGAAAAUAUAUGAUUAUCCAGGUUCCAGUUUUUGUUGCUUGGUGAAAACAUAAGGCUCAGUCAGACUCCUCUGCCUAUGUGCAGCUUGAAACAAGUCUCAACAGACAAGAUAAAUGAAGGAUAUGCUAUGAGCUCUCAUGUCAGGUAGUAGUAGGGGACAGUUGUUUUCUGUUUCUGCACUUGUUUCUGACUUAGCAGAAUACAUUCAGCUGCCUUGCUACAUUCACUGUAAUAAAAAUAGAAAAGAAAUUCCCCUUCACCUGUAGAAACACUUAAGCUGUGCAGUUCCAGUUCACAUUCUUAAAGUGCAGUAGUCUUUCCAACUCACUGUUCUUAUCUGUAUCUUGAGAAUUCUGGAAAUAUUUUGCAAGGUGCUUGGCCAUUCAAAGUUGGUCUUGUUAGACCUGUCCUUUACUGCUUUUAGCUCUUGCCUCCUCACUAUACUUUGUCAAAAACUUGGUGAAACUUGCCAGUUCUGUGCCCAGGGAGUUUGCUGCCUGCCUCAGUUCUGGGGGCCUUAAGGCAAGGUAGAGUGGGAGCCAGGAUGCAGUAAAGAUCACUCAGCUGCCUUUCACAUGGAGUUUCUGUACCCUGCGAGUGAUUCUUACUCCUUUGGAAAGCUAUGUUACAAGAGUACUUGUAUAUUUUUAGUACCUUUUAUUUUUACAUGUGGUUGCUGAUUGUGUGACCAAUAGGGAAUGGCAGAUAAACAGGGGAGUGGAGAUGUAGUCCAAGUGCAGGAAUUGUGCAGUGUUACCAUCUUACAGGCUAAGGCUCAACUGCUUCCCUAACACCAGCACUAUAAAAUUGCUGUUGCCUGUGAGCUGGCACAGAGACUCCUGCCUUCCUUAACUGCAGGGCUGCAAAUGCCUGGAAGUACUCAGGAAAAGGACAUCAGGGGAUACAGGAAAGACUUAGUAAAUCUUUGAUUGUGACUUGGUUGAAAGGUAGUAACUUUAUAGGUAAAGACUGAAUUAUUGGGAUCAUUCACAUUUUGUUCAUACUUUUUUUUUUGAGUUAUUUUGUUGCUAGUGAAAGAAAGUGGUGUACCAAAGUUCUAACAUAGUUCAUUUUAAGCAAACAAAAUAUAAACUCCAGUUGUAUUCAUUCACGUUCUUACUUGCAAGUUUCUUGCCUCCUGCAAUUUGUAAAGGGACAUCAGGUAGCUUGAAUUUUUGGAAGUUUUUUGAUCGGCAGAAACCUUUCAUGGGUUUUAUAGGAUUUGAUAAUCUUUCAGCCUCAGAUAGCUAGUUUUUUUGGCAGAUAGCUAGUUUUUUCAAAGAGAGAUACUAUUACAGAGCUACUUGCCUUACUUUGCACUUCCUGGUAAAUUUUUUUUUUAAUUUUUGAUUUGAUAAACUUAGGUGCUGUGAGGCUUGCAGAGGCUCUUCAUUGCACCUACAGGUGAGAGAUAAUUAUAGAUGUGUAUAUGCAGAAGCAUCAAUAACAUGGGAAUUGUGCCUAAAAAGUUUCAUCUUGUUCUUAGGAAGCUUUGUCCCCUGCAUGGUCUCCCGUGUCUUCCCCUGUCUCAGCACGAUGCCUUCUCUGCAGUGGCUGCCCUGGCUGUGUAACUGCAUGCUGGGGGAGCAGCUGUCCUUAUCUUCUUCCUGUUGGGACAAAUUGUGCCAUCUCUCUCGGCAAUCCUUUCCAGUCACAUGCCUUCUGUUGCAGAGAAUAGCCCUGGAAAUACCUUCCACUCCCUACAAUGGGGAGGAAAUGGGCCAUUUUCAUUUCUGCAUCUGCAAAUCACUGUGUCGAGUAUUUUGGUUUGAGUUACAUUCUAUGGCCUAAUGUUAUUCUUAAUGACUUCUAGUGCAACUUUGAAUUGUUUGGUGUGGGUGCAUGCCUUCCAAGUGGAAGUGAUGGGAAUUGAUGCCUGUUCCUGCAGAGGACACUGACAGGCCAGUGCAGUGCAGGGCUGGUGCCCGGGGCUGUGGCACAGUGGCUCCUGUGGGGUCUCCUUUGGCUCUGCCUCCACCCUGUCUCCUGUGUGGGCAGGAGCAGUGGGCACCCUGCUUGUUCUGGCCCUUAAACACUGGUACUAAACGUCAGAGAUCCUUAUGUAAUAUCGUACACGUUUUAAUCAAUAAUUUAUUGCUGUUUGUAAAUAUACUUGUGCUCACAGUUGAUGUUUUGAGCUCUAAUUUAUUGAAUUAGUCUACUGCUACAUGUGUAGUUAUAUAAAUAUGCUUAUUUAGUAAAUCACAGGCCCAAGAGGACUAUUUUAAGAAAUGUAGCAUUAAAAUUCAGAGAAAUACUUGUAUUAUAUUGAGAAGGGAGAUUUAUGGCUAUGGUGUUUAUUUCCUUCCCGUAAAACAACUUCUGUAUUGAACCUGAACAAGAUUUAUUGAAUAGAGAAGGUGCUGGUCCAACCUCAGCUUAGUGAAAAUAUUUUGGUGGUGUUUUGCUUUCCUUUGGAAUGCUUUUGCAUCCCUCAGUACAGGCAAGGAGCUGACUGACUGCUUCUGGGUGCUGGUAACGUUGGGGUGAUGGUCCAGGAGAUGCAGGAUGAUGAUGAGAGGCUUUCAGGUUAAUUUGCAAAGGUGCAAAUGGCUUUUGCCUUUGGACACAUGACCGUGAAGGUUGCAGGAGAGGCCAGAUGCCCACAGGAUGCGUCUGUAUGUGAUUUUCAGUAAUUUUCUUAGUCUCUUCCUUCUUGCACAUCAGGUAGACAAUAGUUAUCUACAAAUGGUGCAAGAACUUGCAAUUAUUUUUUUUAGAAAGUACAAUAAACAUACUUUUUGCUUAAAUACAAGUCUUUAACUGUUUACCUAUUUGUUAGUAUUGCCAUUAUAUUAGUAUUGAAAUCAACCUCACACCAGCAGGAUCGUGGGCUGUGCCGUCCUGUGCCUCUCCCCUUAGCAGAUGAUUUAGAAAGGGUAAAGGUGCUUCAAAAUGCUCACUGAUGAAAAGCUUACAUUCCUUUUAAGAGUGUGGUACGAUUUUAUCAGAGUUCUGUUUGCUGUACAUUUGUUCAAAUGUUGCUGUCUCUGAAGCAUCUGUGGGUAUGAAGAUUUUUUUCAGAUUUUUUUUCUCUUAUGACUAAUAUGAGGAAGAGAAAAAUUCCUCGUUCUUACAGAGAGUGUCAACAAGAAGAAUUGUUUCAGAAAAAUGUAUCUUACAAAAGAGAGAUUAGAAAAUUAUUAAGAUCCUAAUGAAACUGAAUAAAUAGGAUGGAAGUAGGGGUGAAGAUUUUUUUCUUCUCCAUCUUAAUCUAAAGCUGCUGUUGUGUUGGGGUGUAACGUUAGGUAGAGUUUAUAAUUUUAAAGCAGAUAAUUUAUUCAGCACAUUAACUUACCACACACAUGCUGGGGCAGGAGUUAUCCCUUAUCCCAGGAAGGUACAGCAUUUUGUUGUGCAACAUUUGGCCUGAAAAGGGGCAUUUGCUGUUGUGAGGUUUCCCUGUGGGGAGGAUUAUAUUGGACAGUUGAUGGGACUUGAGGAGAGGCAGCGUUGUCACGGAGGGGCUGUAGGGCAGCCUUGGUCCUUGCUGGAGCAUCAGCCCUCUCCUUUCCAGGGGAUUACCUGCCCUGCCCUGCCUUUCCAGCUCCUCCACACCGGAGUCCAAGGCACAUCUUGUGCUUUAAAGGUUGCACAAGCAAAGCACAAAACCCAGCUUGAGGUUUUAAUAGUGGAUUGCACUUACAGAACAUGAAAAAUUGUUGCUUUUAACUACAGUGUGGGGGUUUACUUAGGGUGUUUUGUUUUUUUUUAAGCAUAGAUGCACUGAAAGCUUCAAGUGAAUGGUUCUUUGGUGUAUCUAGAGCUAUAUUAUACAUGUGAAAUUUGUCAGUGAUACUUAAAAAGGUGGUGGCUCCCCUUUUGAGUAGAUGUUUUAGCUUAACAGCCUGCUUUUAAAGGAUGGUUCUUGGUCUUGAGCCACAGUAGUGGCUGUCAGGAUGAUGAUUAAUUUAUACCUAAAAUACCAAUAGCUUUUCUAAAACCAGAGUCUUUGUUGUCUGACUACACAUAGCUGGGAUGACUGUUGAAUAGAGUAGCUCAUAGUGAAUUUAAAUAACUAUGCAACAUGCUUUCAAGAGCUUGACCUGGUGUAUUACUUUCCAGCUACCCAGUGCACGUAUGACCACAGUCAGUAACCAUUACAAUGCAAGUAUCCACUCCAGUUGCACACAGUAUAGACCUAUUUGCGAGGAGUUCCACGUGUCUUGCGUUUAUCUUUCAGUUUUCAGUUUUUCCUUUUCUGAUGAAAAUUGAAUACUGUGUUCCAUUUAAAAGCUUUAAAUAAAGAUUUGUUUAUAUACUCCA